GUCUACUAAAGUAUUUUCUCAUACGUAUCCUUAGUUCCUGAUUCGUCAAGAUAUCCACGUUCACUGAUGAAAGUUCUCGUAUGCUCAAAUGAGCCGCGCAGUCACCGCGUAAAGCUCGCCUUUCAAGGCUAGCCGGCACUCGCACAUACUCACAGGGCAUCGCAUUUCUUGCAAACACAAUUUUGAUCUUUCUGUACCUUACUAUCGAGUCUACAUCAUCUCUGUUUUCGAUAUCCAUACCCACAUCAAGCUCAUACGAUGACAUCCCUCCAAUCCCUCAAAGAAGUUCGCUUCCCAGACGGCCUCCCACCCUUCCUUGUGUGCAAGAUCUUCGCGGAGGUCAUCAAUGCACACAACAUAGAGCUCGAACCGAAGAACAUCUGCCACGCAGAUCUCAGCGUAAACAACAUCAUCCCAUCAUCUACAAUGGAGAAGGAGUUGCCUCAAGUACGGAUUGUGCAUCUCGAGGGUGUCGCUGUGUGGAACGAGCAAGCUGUGGUUCAUCAAAUCAUGAAUUUGCUUCAACAUCUCACAAACGGCGAAUCAUACAAUCCAGACGAAUUCCUCACCAACAAGAAGGGGGAUAAGCUCAAAGAUAGUAUUGGCAGGAGUUUGAAGGAUGGAGAUAGAUUGUACUCGUUCGUUGCGGGUUACGAGCCAGAGGGGGAAUUGUCGUGGAAAAACCUCAAGAGGAGGUGGAGGACUCUGGCUGAUCGUUUGGCCAAGGAGCUGUAUGACAACGGGAGGUCGGCAGACGUCAGGGAGGCUCUUUGGCAUGCAACAGUUACGGACGAGGAGUAGAGGGAUGCGGUGAAGGACGGUGACAUAGACGUCAUUAUUGACGGAAGUCUGUAGAUUAGUGGCGUCUGCAGAAGAUAUUGG